CUUUUAUUCAGCAACCAACGUGCUAUGAUAUCUCAUACCUAGGGGUCAUGAGGGUAUAUUCUUUAAUGAGAAAUGAGAAAUGAAAAAAGAACCGAAAGAAAAACACAUACUCGAAUUCCCCUAGAUUAUACUCGAGUCAACAAGAGUUCCAAUUAUCUGAAUAGUUACCCUACACCAUGGGUGUAUUAGCUCUCAUCGUCAUCAACAAGGCCGGCGGUCUCAUCUACAACCGCACUUUCGGGGAUGGCCUGAACCAGCUUAAUACGAAUGACUACCUCGUACUGGCUGGUACUUUUCACGGAGUCCAUGCUAUUACAGCCCGUCUGAACCCCUUAAAGGGACUCAUGAAUGCCCAGCAUCAGCAGCAGGUGGCAUUCACAGCCGGAGGUGUGCCCAUACCAAGCCGGCCGGAUCCGCCCUCGGGUCUCGAGGUCAUGGAGACGGAGAACUUCCGGCUGCAGUGUUUCAACACCUUGACGGGAACCAAGUUUUUACUGUUCACCGACACGAUGCAGACCAAUGUGGACGUGACCAUACGCAAGAUCUACGACUUGUAUUCCGACUACGUCAUGAAGAACCCUUUCUACCAGCUGGAGAUGCCUAUCCGCUGCGAGACAUUCGACAGGAAGUUGAACUCGUAUAUCAGGGAGAUUAACAGCUCCCGAUAGUAUAGAGGACUACUAGUAUUACGCAUUUAUGCAUUUCGCAUUUCUCUUAUAGACUCAUCUAUAGGCAGGGAAGGCAGGGAAGGUCCUCACCACUUGAUAGGGACGGAAUCAGGGAGGCCUUAAUUAUUUAGAGUUGCAUCAUCGCGUGGCGUUUGGAGCUAAACAGACUUGGAUUUCAUUAUGCCCC